AUGCAAAAUCCACCUUGGUGGAAACGCGCCGCUGGAUCCGGCGCAGAUGGUGGGCAGUUGAGCGAUUACGUCAGGCAGAGAGCGGACGCUACUGCCAACUGGGGUGAUCCGUCAGCCCAAGCAUACGAGCCGGUCGACGCUACCAACCAACCCACAGCACCUGGGCAGCCCAUACGUCAGAAGGUACGUGCCAGCAACACCGAAGAUGAUGAAACUGAAGACGGUUUCGACGAUUUGGGGUCUUGGGCGUACUUGAGGGAGAAGUUCUGUCCGCAGACCAUGAAGGUAUGCUCAAAAUCAGCGGUGCACGGCACCGUCUUUGCGCUGCAGCUGAACCCGGGGCGGACUGGGCCCGCCGCAACAAUCUUUCUCGGGCCAACGCGGUUCCUAUGA